AUGCAAUUUGAUGCUCUAUGUCACGAUUGCUGCUAUGCUCAAUCGGUUGAAAAGAAAUAAUUGGCUGAUCAAACCAUUUAUCAAUUCAUAGAAGAUAUCAGAAAUAUCGAUGGAUUGUAUUAAAUCAUAGGCCAAACCCAGUCAGGCUCUACGUUAUUUGUCAUUUCUGAAUUCAUAGCCAAAAUUAUAGUUUCUGAACGAUAAUUCAAAGGAUUUUAGGUGGCUGAACGAUCCUCACAAGAAAUCCAAGUUAUUGUUGGGCAAUGCUAUACGGGCGAGGAGGUGGAGAUCUUGUAUCAAAAAUGCAGAGUAUAUGAGACUUUGGUGACCUUAUUCUGCCAGACUUUGCAGAGAGAAUUAGCGACUCAUGCGCAAAACUCCAUCUGCAAUCUCGUGGGGUUGUUGAUAUAACAAGUGAUGAUGUUGAGUGGAACUCAAUUCAUGAAAUUCUAAGACCAACUAAAUGUAUUUUUUGAGGGAAAUUAAAUUUACAAUCUCAGCAUUGGCUUGAAAUUGAUAUAGAAUGUGAUUCAGAAUAUCUAGCAAUAUUCAUCAUACGAUUCGUAUGUGUCUUAUAGGAGAAUUAUGUUUGGAUUCUAGAAUCAGGAAAUAUUCAAUUGUUUUGAGAUCGUCUGCAGAAUUGUUAAAAAUAAUCCACCUCAAUUAUACAAGUAAUCACUGAGCACAUUGAAGGAUAUAUUGAUGUUUAAUUUCAAUGUGAGUUAUUUUGAAUUAGAAUCUGAUUUCGAUCCAAAUGACUAAAACAACGUUAGUUUUCCAGAUAAAUUCGCUGAUUAUUUUACAGAUUAAUAAUUUUUAGAGUUACUAUUCAAGAUUGUGGAGACCUAUUGUAAUAAGGACACCUCUUUGGCAACAUUAGCUUUGAAAUCAUUAAAAAGAAUGGCAUCAGCCAAGAAGAAGAUAUUCACUAGCAAAGACAAAAAGAGGUUAUUUGCAAAAGCACUAUAUGAUGGUUGCACCUACUUAUUUUAGAAUGUGCAAUCAACUAACGAAGAGAUCAUAAGUGAUAUCUUAGAAUUGAAUACUAAAUUAAACAAUUGUUUCGGUCUCAGACAAAUACGAUUCGAUUUUGCAUUCUGUUAGAAGUGGCUCUAUUGUUUAUAAACCUAUUGCAUUCAGAUAUUGCAGAGACAAAUGAAGAUUAAAGAUCCCCACAUGUAUUAGAUGAUUGAAUUAAUGAAGAGACUGCUUAAAUUCAUUUCUGAUUUUAAAUUAGACACAACCUUUAAAACCUCAAUCUCUUCAACAAUCACUGAAAUUGGAAAAUCAGUCAUCCAUCUACUGCUCAAUUCCUAGAACUCCUUCUUUUAAGGCUACACUCCUCAAAAUCACAAGAAGUUGAAGAACACUCUCAAGGAAUUCUUUGAAAAUCUAUUCCCAAUCUUAUCCAUUGAUCUAGGUAAUCACAUUAAGAUGAUAUAUCACUCAUUCAAAAAUGCCGCUUAGGAUCAGGAGAAAUUCAUAAUCGAAUUAAGUUUAAUCAAUUACAUUGUGAUAAAUCCAUUGAUCCUGGAAAGAACAUCUGAAGAUAUCAUUUAAAUGGUUCAGACUGUAAUCAAGGAAUCUCUGCAAUUCUUGUCAAUCCCUCAGAACAAUCUACCGCCUUUGGUGAUUAUGUCAGCAAUGUCUCUGGCUGAUAAUCUGUUCUAGUUUGCCUUGAGUGAAUCAGAUGAGUCCAUAGGGAGAUAGAGAUCCAACAAAAUCUUUUUCGAUACUUGUAUCAAGCCUAUUCAAGUUCAACCAUAAUAGGCAACGAACCAGUUGCUUCAAUACAUCGUUAUGCAACUGCAAAUUCAAAAUAAAGAAAUCAUCGAAUAUGCUUUGGUUAUAAUGAAGGAGACCAUUGUAAGACUUAAGCAUCAUCUGUACAACGAGUCAUUUCAAUCCUCAAAUGUAGUCACUCAAAUAAAGAGUGUAUUACUCAAUCUAAAGAAUUCUGCCUUGCAAUAGGAGCAGUUUUUUAGUUGCCGCACAUUGGCCUCAGAAAUCAUAUCCAUACUCCUAUUCGAUUCAGCCUAUGAGAAUUACAUAGAGUCGAUUGUAUAAUUAAAUCAACUCCUGACAGUUCAGCCGACUUCUCAAUCAAUCCAAAUAUAUCUAUACGAAAUGCUUGGCUAUUUCAAACAUGUAGAUGUCAGUAAGAUUUUUAGAUUAUUGAUAAAAUAACAUUUAUUGAAAAUAGCAGAUUUGACUAGAUUUAUUUUGAUUGAUAAUCCCUAACAAUUUCAGCUGUGUAAAUUAUGUUUGAAAUUGAUGGUUGCCAUAACUGAAAAUAAGAGUCUCCGAUUUCAAUACCAUAGUUCUUCGAUCGUCUAGAUUGAAUUAGUUAGGACCUUCCAAGGAAUCCUGACUAGCUACGUUCAGCAUCUGAUUGUUGCCAUCUAGAAUGAGAAAGUCAAAUAAGAAUUUUCUGCUUAGAUCUGUAGAUUGGUAGGAUUGGUGUAUAAAAUAAUGAACAACAUCCUUAAAGGGAAGUACAUAUCUCAAGCUUGCCAAUUGUUAUUUGCAGAUCGUAAAUACUUAGAUCUCUUGGUAGCCAUUCUAGAUAUCACAUACAAGAUCUCCAAUUACAUCAUACUGUAUAACAAGUCCUGUUUGCAAAUGAUUCAAGUUCUCCAAGUUGUCAGUUCACAACAAUUGUAACUAUUUGAAUUGAGUCCGCAGUCCUUAUCAACCUUGAUGAGCAUAGUCGAAAAUCUAUAGAAGCAUUUGCUGGUGCAAUUGUCUUAAGAAUACAAAGUCUCCACUUCUUCCUCAUAUCAUCAACCAGCAGAUAAGGUUUCAUUAGAUCAAACUACAGAUAUUGUUAUUUCGACUUUGGAAUUUGUUUCAGAAGAACAGCAACUCACGUAAUUGGGAGUGAUUCAGUCCUUUGUUGUACCUCUGAAUCCUAUCAUUGAUAAUAUCUUGAAUGAUUUGAUUGUCUGUUUAAUACAAGGCAAAUGUUCUCAAUAAACAUUCAAUAAAAUCAACAGACAACUCUUUGCCAUCAUGUGUACAUAUUAUCAAAACUUCGUUAAUGUAUUGAGUAGACAAUUUGUCAAAUCUGAAUAACAAUUAGGACAGGCCUUGGUUAAUGUUUUAACCAAAGAUCUAGAACUCAGGAUCAAACAACAGAACGAAGAGUAGUUUAAAAAGAACAUGCCCUUAUUUUUAUCUUAAUUUGGAAUAUUAUGA